UUUUCCCUCUUGCAGCAAGGAGGUGCCGCAGGUUCGUGCGGCAAGGUCAACUCGGACUCGGCCUACAUCGUCGCCAUGAACUCGCCCCAGGUUGCCGGUGGCUCGCACUGCGGCCAGUACGUCACUGUCACCAACACGGCCAACGGCAAGAGCAUUCGUGCCCAGGUCGCCGACACGUGCCCUGGAUGCUCGUACGGCUCGCUCGACCUCAGCCUCGGCGCUUUCAAAGCCCUCGGCAACCUCGACACCGGCGUCAUUCCUCUUCGCUGGAACUGGUCCUGA